CUUCCCUUAUCUUCUAUGCGUCAUCAACCUCAAGUCAACAAAAUGUGCACACUUUUAUUCGCAUCUUCGAGCAAACUCCAGACCACGCCACGGCCAGAGGCACCACCUGCUUCUAUAAAAGCCCUCUCGGUCUCAGCUCAGACAAACAAACAAGCAUACAAAGAUACAAGAGCUUUUAAGAUGGGCUUCCCAAGUAAACUCCCCAUCUUCUUCCUUCUGUUUUCUGGUCUCGUCUUCGCCCUCACCCAGGCAGCCACAUUUCUGGUCCAAAACCAAUGUCCCUAUACAGUCUGGGCUGCUGCUUCACCAGGCGGUGGCCGGCGACUCGAACCCGGCCAGUCGUGGACCCUUAACGUGGCAGCAGGAACAGCAGGGGCACGCAUUUGGGGCCGAACCAAUUGUAACUUUGACGGAAGCGGCCGGGGAUGGUGUCAGACCGGUGAUUGUGGUGGGCUUCUCCAAUGCCAAGGCUAUGGUUCCCCGCCCAACACCUUAGCUGAAUUCGCACUGAAUCAAUUCAUGAACUUGGAUUUCUUCGACAUCUCUCUGGUCGAUGGAUUUAACAUCCCCAUGGACUUUAGCCCGACUAGUGGUGGUUGCCGGGGGAUCAAAUGCACAGCUGAUAUAAUAGGCCAAUGCCCUGCCCAACUACGGGCCCCUGGAGGCUGUAACAACCCAUGCACCGUAUACAAGACCGAUGAGUACUGCUGCAACUCUGGGAGUUGUGGGCCGACCCCAUUGUCCAGGUUCUUCAAGGAAAGGUGCCCAGAUGCUUAUAGCUACCCCAAGGAUGACCCCACCAGCACUUUCACCUGCCCUGGUGGUACUAACUACAGGGUUAUCUUCUGCCCACGAGGCUCUUCUCAUCUCUAUGCCAUGAAUGUGACCUCCGAUGCCAUAAUUGAAUCCGCCAGUGAGUAAGGGUUCAAACACCAGAGGCAAUUACCAUAAUAAAAGCCAUGCAUUUGUGCAGAUCUUGUGCACAUGUGCCUCUGUAAUCGGUCAUAAUAUCAUAUUUUCAAGAGUCAAUGAAUCAGAUUAUCAGAGUGUGUUUGUAUAGCUCAUCUGUGUUGAUCAAAUUACAAUCUACGUAAUUUCCAAAUGCAACUGUGUUUCGUUAA